CCGUUUUAAGCAUGUUUUUCAAUGUAAUGCAUUUUUCUAGAGCAGUGGUGGACUCCAGUCUUGGGGAGUAAUGGAUAGAGAGUCGGAUCUGACCAGAAUGUCAUUGGUUCGAGUCCCAGGUCUGGCAGGAGUUCGGGACAUUGUGUAAUCUGUACCAAAAAUCCAAAUUACUGACAAACUAUUGAUAUUAAGAGUGAAGGGAAAGCGCUUUGAAGGGCGACAGACAGGCCAGCGGACAUGAUGAAGCUGGAUCUGAGCUGCAGUGUUUGGGUUCUGGCCGUUGCUUUGUUGCUGUUGGUCAGAAUCACUGCCGGGUCCAUUUUGGGUGCCGCUGUUAACAUUGAGCUUCUUGAGCAGGACAGAACCCAGCCGGUCAGGGCUCAUUACAGCGCGGUGUCCAGUCUGCCCUGUCCGGCCCUGAACCAGCUUUGUAAAGAGACAGACUGCAUGAAUCAGCUCAGCUCCUCUCCUCUGACGGGGGCUUUACCUUCCCCCGGCUGGUGCCUUCAUCAGUGGAAGAAGAACAUCCCUGAACAGUACACAUCUGCUCUUCAGCUCAGAUCGAAUAGAUCCGUGCUACUGCAGUCUCGAGCAGAUCUGUCUGUCAGAGCAGAUACUAACCGUGUUAACCAGCCUCCGUAUGUGGCUCUUCCUCCUCCAGUCAGGUUACAAGCUGCUUGUCCUCAGGAAAUCCCGGUGAAUGUGAUGGAUUUGGAUGGAGAUGAGAUUCGCUGCCGUUAUAAAAACACUGACCUUGAACUUCUUCAGCUUAAUGAAGAGACGUGUAUGCUGCUGUAUGAAGGUGGAGCGCCUUUGGGUCAGUAUUCAGUUCUGCUCAUGGUGGAGGAUUUCCCUCAAUCUGACCGCGAGGCAGAGCCGUUCUCCACUGUACCUGUGCAUCUUCUAAUAACAGUUGAAAGUGGAGCCGGCUGCUCGGUCGUGCCUCAGUUCUCAGACGUCAGUCCAGCAGGAGGCUCUGUAAUCCACGUCCUUCCCUUCGAGGAGGUCCAUGUCAACAUUACAGUGGACUCAAGAGUACAGAGUGUGUCUGAAAUUGCUGUGACUGGUCCGCCGGGACUCUUCAAAUCCCCAAUGGAAAUAGGCCAGAAUUUCCAGAGCUCCGUCACUCUGUCCUGGGUCCAGGGUCCGAAUCAGUUCGCUCAUUUGGUGUCCAUUUGUUUCGCUGCUAAUACUCAGAGUCUGCAGUCUAACAUCAGGUGUAUAUGGCUUCAACAAACACAAACAGACCCUUUGCCGCCUGGAACAGAGUUGAAAUGCAAGGAGCACGAGAUGUCUUUAGUGUUGCCCCUUUCUUUCCUGGAGAACGUGCAUUUCUCUGCUCUCCAGCUGAACGACCCGACCUGUCCAGUGUUUUAUAACUGGACCCACGUCACCGCCUCCUUUCCUCUGACAGGCUGCGGAACCAAGAGGAUGCACUUUGGAUCAGAAUUGCUGUACACCAACACUUUACGCAGCAUCAAUCCUAACUCCACUAUAAGCCGCAUGGCCACUCUCAUUCUGCCACUCGCCUGCCGGAUUCCUGCUCAGCGUGCUAAAGGUCCAGCUUUUAAAAUCUCCAUUCCUGAAGAAGUCAAGACAUUUGGUGCUGUGUCCUUCUGGCUGGAGUUCCACCUUCCUGGAAUGGGUCCUAUGUCUAAUCAGACACGUCUGCCCAGUUUCCGUGGUGCACCUCAGGGUCGCGCUGCUCGCUCUACAGCCCGGAUGGACAUACUGGACCUACACGUGUUCUCCAACUGCUCUUUGGCUCGCGCUGAGCUCUUGGUGGGCAGCUGUGUAGAGUCAGAAACAGAAGACUUCGCAAACACAAAGCCUCUGCUGAAUCAGGGAUGUACAAAUGGAAAUGGAACCUUGGAGAUCCUGACAUCAACUUCAACUGUACGGAUUUUUCGCUUAUAUCUUAGUUCUCUGUCAAUAAAUGGAGACACGAUGUAUGUAGAGUGUGUAAUGCACCUUUGUGUUACCACCAAACAAACUGAUAGAUGUCCUGAUCCCUGUUCGGGAACACCAAACACAACAAUAAUAGAGAGCAUUCUGACCCACAACUACACUGUGCGCUCAGGGCCCGUUUCUCUUAUUAAAGUGACAGAAAACAGUGCUACUACAGCUAAACCACAAUCUGCAACUCCAGUCGCCCAGCCUUCCACCAGCCAGUCUUUGACAGCCACUGCUUCUCGCUCUCUGGAUACAGCUGCAUUCUGGGUAAUCACUGUGUCAUUGCUUGUGGUCAUGCAUCUCCCUUGAGCUGUCAUGCCACUUUGUAAAGGAAUUCAUGUGUGACUAAUCUAAAUUAUUCUACUCAACCCCCAUUGCAAUGUUUCUUUUAUAUAUGCUUUAAUCAUCAGGGCAUGUUGUAGGAAAACAUAAUUCAUGCUUUCCAAAACUCGUUGAUGACUGUAAAAGCAUGAAGACACACAACAUGCUCUUCUAAUAUUUAUUUUUAAGCAAAUAUAGUAACAUGAUAAAAUUCAUAUUAUGCUUUUUUAACGAGAAAAAAAAAAGACAACUUAAAUUAAAUAGUGAAUCUUCUGUCAUUUAUUCACCCUCAUGUUUUCCAAAACACCAUUAAGAAAUAAAGAAAGAUUUAUGAAAAUGUUGAC